GGGCCCAACCCCAGGGCCAAGUCAGAGGGAGCUCAGUCACUACCUCCCCACCGAGCCAGCUCCGCCAGGCACGGCACGGCCAGAGUGGGACAGAUUCUGGGAGCGAAGCGGGGAGGAGUCCUGGGCCGGCUGAGUGGGGAGCCGCUUGGCGGUGCCUGAGUCCAGGCCCCAGAGCCCUGCCGGAGAGGAGGCAGUCCUGGGAGGCAGGCCCCGCGAGGAGUGAGGCAGUGAGAUGGCAGACUGCUACACAGAGCUGGAGAAGGCCGUCGUGGUCCUGGUGGAAAACUUCUACAAAUACGUGUCUAAACACAGUCUGGUCAAGAACAAGAUCAGCAAAAGCAGCUUCCGGAAGAUGCUUCAGAAAGAGCUUAACCAUAUGCUGACGGAUACAGGUAACCGGAAGGCUGCUGACAAGCUCAUCCAGAACCUGGACGCCAACCACGAUGGGCGCAUCAGCUUUGACGAGUACUGGACCUUGAUAGGCGGCAUCACGGGCCCCAUCGCCAAUCUUAUCCGCCAGCAGGAGCAGCAGAGCGGCAGCUAGAGGACCCCUCCCACCGCCCCUCCACGCCCAGCCCCUGGUGCUCUUCCCGGGCUCCCCGCAGCCUCCUCCACCCACCCAGGCCCCCCUCCUCGCUCCUCCCCGCACGCCUCCUGCUGAACAGGGGAAUGGGCCCCUCCAGAGUGUCGUGGUCUGGGGGUGCCUCCCAAAGGGUCUUAGUCCCUGGAGCCGCAGGCCCCGGGGGCCCCUCUGUGAGGCUUCAGGGCUGCUUGGGGUCCCCGCGAGUUUCCUGCUCAGUCCACCAACCCCUCCAGCGUCUGAUGCUCUGCCUGAUGCUGGGUGUCUCCUGACCUCUGCUUGGGGUCUCCCUGCCCCCCGGAAGCAGGAGCAGAGGCCUCUCCUCUUUCUCUCAGCCUGUGUGCUGGGGACAGAAGAUUUCCAGGGACUGUGGGUCAGGGAACAGUCGAGCAGGGCUGCCCCCACCCCCGCUCCUGCUCACCACUGAUGCGGUGGCAAUAAAGGCUGGAUUUGGAGUUUGUACCCCCUCA